AACUCCCUCCCUCUUUCUCUCACUCACAAAUGCUCCCUUCCUCCCUCCCUCCCUCCCUCAGUCUAUCUUCUGACAGAUAUAUCGUCAUUGUGCGGGCAGGCGGAAGGCUCUGGGUUGAACUUGAGAACGGGACACGAGAGGAGACAGAGGAAAGGACAUGACGCUGCUGUAACCAACACCGUUGUUAAACAUCGCAGCAGCCAGCGGAGCAACCAGAGUGUUAAGAAUGGAGCUGACUAUAAUCCUCCUCCUGCUAACCCUCGCCCAGUCUGCAGAGAGUGGAGGAAAACCAGCUAAGAAAGUCAAGAAGGGAAAGCAAGUCAUCUGUCCUUCACAGCUGUCUGCAGAGGAGAUCGCUCAGGUACCAGCCAACUCCACCAGCAACAUCCUCAACAGGCUAAUGGUGACAUAUGACUCUCGGAUACGACCCAACUUUAAAGGUGUUCCGGUGGAAGACAAGAUUAAUAUGUUCAUCAACAGCUUCGGCUCCAUCCAGGAAACCAACAUGGACUACCGUGUGAACAUCUUCCCGCGUCAGCGGUGGAACGACCCGAGGCUGAAGCUCCCGGCAGACUUUAAAGGAGAAGCGCUGACAGUGGACCCCAAGAUAUUCCAGUGUCUAUGGAAACCAGACCUGUUCUUCGCUAACGAGAAACAUGCCAACUUUCAUGAUGUCACGCAAGACAACAUCCUGUUAUUUAUCUUCAGGAAUGGAGACAUUCUCAUCAGCAUGAGGUUGUCAGUGACUCUGUCCUGCCCUCUGGACCUCACUCUGUUCCCCAUGGACACACAGCUCUGCAAGAUGCAACUGGAGAGCUUUGGAUACACCACCAGUGAUCUGGUCUUCAUGUGGAUGGCAGACCCAGUGCAGAUGGAUGAAAUCGCUCUGCCUCAGUUUGACAUCAAACAGCAAGAGAUAGAGUACGGAAACUGCACCAAAUUCUACCAAGGAACAGGUUACUACACCUGUGUGGAGGUGAUCUUUACAUUAAGGAGACAGGUGGGGUUCUAUAUGAUGGGAGUCUAUGCCCCCACCCUCCUCAUCGUGGUUCUCUCCUGGCUGUCCUUCUGGAUCAACCCUGAUGCCAGCGCUGCCAGGGUUCCUCUGGGUAUCCUGUCUGUCCUGUCCCUGUCCAGUGAGUCCAUGUCUCUGGCGUCAGCGCUUCCUAAGGUCUCCUAUGUGAAGGCUAUAGACAUCUGGCUCAUCGCAUGUCUGCUGUUCGGCUUUGCUUCACUGGUGGAGUAUGCAGUAGUACAGGUCAUGUUAAACAGUCCUAAGCGUAUAGAGGAGGAGAAGUCUAAGAUGGCGUCUAAAGAGAAGGCUCUGAGAGAGAAAGAAGGGAAGAAGACUCCAUCUAAAACUAACACUGUCAACGGGACCGGAGGAACGCCCAUUCAUCACGUUAGCACUCUGCAGGUGGUGGAGACCCGCUGUAAGAAGGUGUGUACAUCUAAGUCAGACCUCCGCUCGAAUGACUUCAGCAUCGUGGGAUCUCUCCCCAGAGACUUUGAGCUUUCUAACUUCGACUGCUAUGGCAAGCCCAUCGAGGUUACUGGGGCAACCGGCAAAUCACAGGCCAAGAACAACAAGAAGGCCCCGCCCCCUAAACCUGUCAUCCCCGCUGCAGCCAAACGCAUCGACCUGUACGCACGCGCUCUGUUCCCCUUCAGUUUCCUCUUCUUCAACGUCAUAUACUGGUCUGUCUACUUGUAGGGAGGG